GUAGACAGUGUAAGAACGGUGACUUUGCCACAACUCAGGAGGUUUGGUAUUGAAGAUGGCCUAGAAUUAAAGAUUUCUAAACGUGGAUCUGCUCCGCUUGGCGGAGGUGAAGUCAAUUUCAAGUGUCCAAAUGUGAAAGCACUAAAACCAAUGCAAUUCACAGACGAAGGUCGGAUAAAACGUAUUCGUGGUAUUGCGUGCUGCACGAGAGUGUCACCUCAAAAUGCAAAUAGAAUGGUGGACUCCGCGAGGUCUAUAUUGAACAGAUAUAUUCCCGAUGUGUACAUAUACACGGAUGUUUACAAGGGAGAAGAAUCCGGAAAAUCUCCAGGGUUUGCACUUUCUCUUGUGGCCGAAUCGACGACAGGUUCCCUUGUGGCUGCAGAACAAGCCGCAAAUCCAGGUGAGACACCUGAAGAUAUCGGUCAAAGAACAGCCAAACUCCUACUCGCUGAAAUACGCAAAGGUGGUUGCGUCGAUUCUUUGAAUCAAUGGUUAGUUUUACUGAUGAUGGUUUUAGGCUCGGAAGAUGUAUCGAAGGUUAGACUGGGGCAGUUAAGCGCUUUCACGAUACAAUAUAUUCGAGACCUUCGAGAUUUCUUUGACGUUACGUUUAAAAUAAAACCCGAUUCCACAACAAAUACACUUUUGAUGGCAUGUGUUGGUAUUGGUUACAUUAACUAUAGCAAGAAAACAACCUAA